CUGACGCGUUGCAGAAAAGUAAGAAAGAGAAAAUACUCUAUUUUUUUUCGUGUUUGGGAUUUUUGCUUUCUUCGGAAUUGAAUUCCUCCGAAAUCUGUGAAAAUACUAUUUCCACGUGAAUCCAAUUCCUAUCCUUCUCGGAGGAUUUCGUUUCCUCACCAAAAGACCAGACGUUAUACCCUUCGCGACGCCGUUUCUGUAUGUAAGGCGAAAAGGCUUGCAUUUCUCUAUUUCGUUUUGGCUUCGGAAAUUCGAUUUCUCGGCUUCUAGGAAGAUGGCGAAGCGUGGAUAUAAGCUACAGGAAUUUGUGGCUCAUUCGGCGAGUGUGAACUGCCUGAACAUUGGGAAGAAAGCCUGCCGUCUUUUUAUUACCGGCGGGGAUGACCAUAAAGUUAAUCUGUGGACGAUUGGGAAACCCAAUUCUUUAAUGAGCCUGUGUGGCCACACAAGUCCAGUUGAAUCUGUAGCUUUUGAUUCGGCAGAAGUUUUGGUGCUUGCUGGAGCUUCAAAUGGUGCGAUAAAGCUUUGGGAUUUGGAGGAAAUAAAGAUGGUUCGAACUCUCACUGGACACAGAUCCAACUGCAGUGCUGUUGAAUUUCAUCCAUUUGGAGAGUUCUUUGCGUCUGGUGCCAUGGAUACUAAUUUAAAGAUCUGGGAUAUUAGAAAGAAAGGAUGCAUUCACACAUACAAGGGCCAUACUCGAGGCGUUAGUACAAUCAAGUUCAGUCCUGAUGGUCGAUGGGUAGUUUCUGGUGGAUUUGAUAAUGUUGUAAAGGUUUGGGAUCUAACGGCUGGAAAGCUCUUGCAUGAUUUUAAGUUCCAUGAAGGACACAUUCGAUCCAUAGAUUUCCAUCCCCUUGAGUUUCUCCUGGCCACAGGUUCAGCAGACAGAACUGUGAAAUUCUGGGAUCUGGAAACCUUUGAACUGAUUGGAUCUACCAGACCUGAGGCUACUGGAGUACGCGCAAUCACCUUUCAUCCUGAUGGGAGGACCCUGUUUUCUGGAGUGGAAGAUAGUUUGAAGGUUUACUCGUGGGAGCCUGUAAUUUGUCAUGAUGCUGUUGAUAUGGGAUGGUCGACACUUGGUGACCUAUGCAUUCAUGAUGAAAAACUUCUGGCUUGCACAUACUAUCAAAAUUCUAUUGGAGUUUGGGCAGCAGAUAUUUCGCUUAUUGAGCCAUAUGGAGCUAAUUCAACACAUGACCAAAAUGACUGUACAGAGCAGAAAACUAAUCUUAAUUCCCAGGGAAGUCAGUCUUCAGAGAAAGUAGGAAGUGGUAUCAGGUCAACUUUGGAUUUGCGGCGUAUGUCUCCUGAUUAUGAGACAAAAGAGAUAAAGAACAUAUACGUGGAUUCUACUGGCGGAAAGCCAGUUGCUUCGCAGAGAGUUGAGUCCGAUUGUCCCAAAAAGGAACCUGCAUCAGAAUCUAAGGAAAUCAGUUGUCUGCCAACUCAGAAGCAAAGUCCUGCAAUAGGGUUAAAUGCAAGAUCUAAAGAAAAAGCACUUGAUAAAUCCUUUGUUGUGCCUAGCAUUGUACCUAGGGACAGUCCUGAUGGAAAAGAUGGGCCCAAUUCAAGAAAAGAAUGUAUAACCUUUUCAAGGACAAAACGUGGUAUGUUGCUCAAACCAGCUCAUACACGGAGGCCAUCAAAUAGCAAAAUUGAGGUUGAGAGGCAGCCAGAAGUUGUUGAAUCUGAAACUUUGAGCAAUGUGACGAGCAAAUUAGAUGGUGCAAUAUGUUUGAACUUCCAGUCCAAACUUGCAUCAGAAGAUGGAUCUAGAGAAUCGUACGAGGAAAAACAUUCUAAUAUCAAGGGUGUUGCUGAGAAUUUUGAAAAAAAUUUGUCACCACAGACGCCCUCUAAUCAGGAGAGCUGCGAUAAAUCCCUCAAUUGCAGCUCAGGCGAUAAAUCCCUCAAUUGCAGCAAAGGGAUAAGCCCUGUUAAAAUUGUUAAUGGAGUUGCUGUUAUACAUGGAAGGACCCGCUCUCUCGUUGAGAGGUUUGAAAGAAGAGAAAGAUUCAAUAGCAAUGAAGAUCAAGCAUCUACCAUGUCUCAUGUGGUACCUGAAACGGAUAAAAAAGAUCAAGCAUCUACCAUGUCUCAUGUGAUACCUGAAACCGAUAAAAAAGAUCAAGCAUCUACCAUGUCUCAUGUGAUACCUGAAACAGAUAAAAAAGAUCAAGCAUCUACCAUGUCUCGUGUGAUACCUGAAAUGGAUAAAACUCCCACCAUGCCGAAAGGAGAACCUCAAACUUCUGGAAGGGACUCAGCUUCUGCAAAUUAUAGGGAUGUUACUGAAGAUCUCAUGCAAACUCAUGAAGUAUUCCUAAGUACCCUUCGGUCCCGCUUAACAAAGUUACAGGUAGUGCGGCAUUUUUGGGAGCGGAAUGAUACUAAAGGUGCUAUCAGCGCGUUGAGGAAGCUACCAGAUCAUUCUGUGCAAGCAGAUGUGAUCAGUGUACUUACGGAGAAAACGGAGAUUCUCACCUUAGAUCUGUUCUCCUGCAUGCUUCCUGUGCUUCUGGGCUUGCUGGAUAGCAAGGUAGAAAGGCAUGCAAGUGUGUCAUUGGAGAUGCUAUUGAAGCUUGUUGCAGUCUUUGGCCCAGUGAUAAGCUCAACCAUCUCAGCACCUCGUGCUGUUGGCGUCAAUCUUCAGGCAGAAAAAAGGCUAGAAUGCUGCAACCAGUGUUUUAUUCAGAUGCAAAAGAUCCAGAAAGUUCUUCCAGCACUUGUAAGGAAGGGUGGUUUGCUGGCAAGAUGUGCGCAGGAGUUGAAUCUAGUUCUUCAAGAAUCAUAACCAAUGCUGCCAUCCAAACGAAUUUCUGCUAGCAAGAAAGGGCGGCUCAACUGCACCCUUUGAGGGGGACUGCAUAUAAAUACUACACUCCUCUCAUUGACUCACAGUUUCUCAUAUCACACAAAUUUUGUCCAGAUCUCUCGACCUUUAGUUAUCACCCCCGGCUUUCAUCAGUAAAGAGAGCUGUAGUUUGAAGCAACAUCUUUGCUUGCCAUUGUAAGAGCUUGAAGACAGCAGUAGUGAUUCCAAUCUUGGUCCUCUGGCAGUACAUGAGCCCCUAUUUUUGAUUCUUUGAUUCCGGAAAAUAUCAUUGUAUCAUCGGUUCAAUCUUGUAUAAAUUGCAGUUAUAAUGUAUUUAUUAGAGAGACAUUUUUUCUUCAAA